AUAGUUCCAAAAUACUGGACUGUCCUAUCGAUGACAUUGACAGUGGGGCGCCACCGUCAAUACUGGAUCGCUGGUUCCGAUUUUUGCCAUGUUGGAAACCAUAUAGUUGAACGAUGGUAGCGCCCCCCUGUCAUUGAGUUUGGUGGGACAGUUCAGCGUGGGUCAUCUAUAAGUUGAAGUUCAAAUGUCAAUGUCAUUUAGUUUCGCACAGUGAUAAAUUCCAGUGACAUGCAAUUUUUGUAAUGGUAAAUUAUUUGUAAGAAACUGCAAACAAAUGCAAAUGUGCAGUCGAUGUGUGGAAUGCGACAACAUUUACUCGAUAAUUUCAAUUAUUGCGAGUGUUGUGGCUUAGAAACAAUUAGGCUGUUAAGAAUAAACAAGGCUCGGGCACUAUCAUACCUUUUUCCUAAAAAGCAAAAAGCUGCUUCUGCUGCUUCACAAGAUUUAUUUGAUGACUUUCAGGUUGAUAACGAAGAGUUGACGCUAAUCGAGGAUUCAUUGAUGAUUGAUGAUGCUUCUUCGGACAACAAGAAAAAACAGCUACUGUCAGUCAGCAGUGAUGAUGCUUCUUCAGACAACAAGGAAAAACAGCUGCUGUCAGUCAGCAGUGAUUUUAUUUCUUUAGAAGGAGAAGAGAAAGAACACAUAGCAAAUGGCGGGCAGACCCCCGAAAAAACAUUUAUCCAUGGACAGUGGCAACCACGGAAUAUCUCAGUCAGCGGCUGAUAAAGUAAUUGCAAGAAUGUAUAAUUAUUCCUUUUCUGAUCGGGAACGAUAUUAUCUCCGGCUAUUACUUCUUCACGUCAAAGGGCCGACUUGCUUCAGAGAUGUUAGAACUUAUUAAUAUGAAAAUAUUAUUUACACAUCAUUUCGAGAAGCUGCUCAAGCAAGGGGGCUACUUUUUGACGAUCAAGAAUGGGAAAGAUGUUUGGAUAAAGCAAUUGGUUUCAAACUUCCUCGGCACAGCUGUUUGCGUUAAUUUGCGUGUUUUGUGAAGUAACUGAUCCUAAUGCUCUUUGGGAAAAAUUUGCAUCACAUUUUAUCGAAAACUUUACAAGAUCCCGCCCUGAAAUAUUAUCCAAACAGUUGGCUUUACAAGAAAUUGAUGAAACAUUAAAACUCCACGGAAAGAGACUAACAGAUUUCGGACUUCCGGAGCCAGAUAUUGAUGAAAAUAGUAUUUUCUUAUCUGAUCCCGUUUCUGACUAUUAAUAAGAGUUAUUUACAUAACCUAUAUUAACGAUUGAAUUUGAUUGUUUGGUUAAUUUGUCUUAGUUUAUUUUGAAUGUUGAUUUAAAAUAAAAAUAAUUUGUGUAAAAACAUUUGCAGUUUUUAUUUACCAUAUUUAUUAAACACAACUAACGAAGCUAUAUGAAUCUAUAUUUAAUAUUCUUUGAGAACCGAUGACUACA